UUAAAACUUACACGUUUAUAUAUUUCAUUAUACCUUUUUGGUUCUUAAAUUAAAUUUCAAAACAAAUAUCCGUUCCUGCUCCUUAACAAAAAUGCGAGCUUUUGAGCAUGAAUGGAAUUGGGUUCUACAAUUGAAUCAAGAGAAAAAAUCCAACCACGCCUUUACUGGCAUAUUUUUUCCUGAGCAUUGCAAACUGUGUAAGCUGGUUUGAACAGGGGAAGGGGUGUAAUGGUUUAGAUAUGCAUGAAAGACUACAUCAAGGAUAUGGAAAACACUACACCAAGGUUCAGAUCUGCACGGAAAACUCUGCCCCAUAGCUUUAUGUACAUGUCUUUUUUUUUUCUUUCUUCUUUUUUCUCGCCCGGCCUCGUAAACCGCUUGGUCUUGUGGAAAAGACUCUAGCUUGGCAUAAGGUCCCAAGUUCAAAUCUCGGAUUUGCAAUUACGAUCCGGUUUGCUUUUAAGUAUUAUUUUUAAGUGGGAUCCUCUUUUCGGCCACAAAGUAUCUAUUUUUUUGCAAAAAAGUAAAUUGUGUUCAUGCAUGAAAACAGUGUCCUGAACUUCACAGUGGCUAAUGAAAAGAACAAAAACAACGCACACAAAUCUGAACAAAAACAAAACCUGUUCCCAAUUAAAAUUGGGUACAGCUAAGCUAAAAAAAAAAUGUUAACAAAAACAAUAGCUAUUCCCGUGAGAAAUCGGGACCAGCUAAAAAAUAACCAGAGGAAUUGCACUUUCAGAUGGCAUGGUAGCUGUCCCUAUUGAUGAUAUAUCCUUGCAGUGUUAUAGGAGGCCAAGCAUCAAUCUUUCGUAUGAAUCAGUGGCGUGAUAAUUACAAUGGUUAGUCCAUGCAUCAGUAACAACUUUACAUAUAUAAGGCCAUAUAUUGCCAUAUAGGUAUCCUGUUGGGUAUUAUUGAAUUGUCCAUUCUGGAUGAUACGGUCCAGCGGGCAAGUUUGCCCAGCAGAAAUGCAAUCUUUUUUAAGACUGGUCUCGGUUCGAUCUGUUUGUACCAGUUACAGUGCUAUACUAAAUGGCACACACUGCAUGAACAAGGUCAGUAGUUUGUCCAUGCAGUUUUUCACGGUCAAAUAACACCAUAAGGUUUGCAAGAUAACCUUGUGUUGUGUGUAUGCCUGGACAACGCACUGACAGUGAGCAGUCUGACCUGUCCUGCAAGGCUAAUCCCAGCUGGACCAACCAUAGGAAUGUUCUGUGUCCCAACCAUCCAAAGCAUAGGAACACAUUCACCAACGGUCACUGAAAACUUGAGCACAGUCUUCUACGUACAGGGCAACAGUUCCUAGAUGUUGUCUCAAACCAGAUGGAGGCUUCUGAUAGUUUGUGCCGUAUUCAUGCAAGUCCUCAUAGCAGUGGGGCCUUUGUACAGCUAUAGUGUGUUCCUUGUGCCACUACAGACUGAGUUCCAGAGCAGUGCCGUCCUAACAGGAUGGGUGGGCUCUUUGGGUUCAGCCUUGCUGUGUUGCAUCUCUCCACUCGUGGCAGUCAUCGCUUGGAAGAUCGGCACUGCACGUGUGGUCUUCCUUGGGACUAUUCUCACGGCGGCCGGCUACUUGGCUACUUCCUUCAUAUCCUCGCUAGCUCAGGGAUACCUGACAUUCAGCUUAAUGGCAGGGAUCGGUGCGGGUUUCAUGAACUGUGGGUCUGUGAACCUGCUGCUGGAGUGGUUCAUAGGUCAGAGCAAUGCCUGUCGAUCAACUGCGGCCGCAAGUACAGGCACCUCAGUUGGAGUAAUGGUUUUUGGACCUUUACUUAAUACACUCACGGCAUCUUACGGUUGGAGAAAUUGUUUCAGAAUCCUCAGCGGUAUAAUGCUUACCCUCGGUCUGCUGACAGCCCUUCCUUUCUUGAAGCCCCCUGAGAAAAGGAAGGGUCAGCAAGCAGACGAAACCGACGUAAAGGUGGAGACCCCUCCAAGAGAUAAAGCAGAGCAAUCUGGCGAAUCUCAUGAGGACCCAAGACAAGGGGUUACGGAUCUCAAAACGUGUGGUGGUCUGGAUUCUGAAGAUCCGGACCGAAAAAAACGUAGUAGGAUGAAAUUCUUCUGCGAGAUGGUACUGAAUGUCGAGGUCUGGCUAUGGGUUUCGGCCAUCACCAUGGCACAGCUUGGCUGGUCCUUUGUCAUCAUCAACUAUACGAGCUUUUUGGAGGGUCUCGAGUUGUCCACAGAAAAUAUAUCCCUGGCUCUGACUGUGUCUGGAGCUGCAGAGGUCAGCGGGAAGAUUGUCAUUGCUAUUAUUGGAGAUCGUCUACCUUUUUUGAAGCUCUACGUAUCAGUGGUUGCCUUGAUCGUCGCGGCCAUGGUCUCGGGGUUUCUGACAUUAUGCUCAACUUUCUGGAGCAUAAUCGUCAUGUCAAUUGUUUGGGGUUACUGCCGUGGAACCAUCUUCGGUGUUGCCAUGGCGGCUGCACUGGAGCUGUUCAAGAUGUACGGCCCUGGUGCUGUCGCUGCAAUAUGUCUGCUCGGGUUCGGAACAGGUGUUCUGAUAGGAUCCCCGAUAACAGGUGUAUUCUACGACCAGACCGGCAGCUACACCCUAAGUCUGUUUGCAGUAGUUGCCAGUUUUGGCUUGUCGACUCUGUGCACGGUGCUGAUCCCCAUCAAGAGAAAGUUUGCCACGCGAUGCUGUCGAAAAGCGAGCGAGAACACCGAGAACAACUCGGCUGAUGAAGCCAAGGUUGACCCCGCUGUACCGAUAGUGGAAACCCGAAGCGUGGGGAUCUCCAACCCCGCAUAUGAAAUUGAAAUGUAUUCUGUAAAAAGUAAUGCGAAAUAAGGACCGGUAGUUUAUUUGGAAACUACCUGUCUGAAGUAGUGAGUGUGGUCCUUAUGAGACGAUUCCAAUUCAUCAUAUGCAAAUCCAUACUGGACUUGUAGGCCAUCCUGUGCAUAUUAUACUUAUGUAUAUAUGAAUAUUUGGCGCAAUUUAUCACUAUGCACAACUCCAUUUUACCUCAAAAAGUUUGUGGCUGAUGUGGGAUGCAAAAUGAAUGAUAUAAAAGCCACUUUCAAAACAUCUUUUUUUUAUAAAAUUAAAAUAAAACUUAUUUUUCUACGCACACAUUUAUAAACAAAACUGUUCCAAAAACUCUAUUUUCAAGUUACAGAUAUAAUGUCACGUUAUUUCAACGCUAUAUAUGUCAUGCCCGGAUUAUCUAAUAGGCACAGUAGGCACUGUGCCUUGGACCUACGAAAAAUCCACGACCUUCAAAAAAUCCACGGCCUACGAAAAAUCCACGGCCUACGAAAAUUUUUGAGGGCCUACGAAAAUACUGCAGUCUGCCAUAAAGCACAACAGUGCGUGCACUUGAUGGCCUGCUUAUUGUGUUAAUCGAGGAUUUUCUAUUGUUCCUCAUCAUCGAUCAACAUCUCCAAUUGGUUCUGUACACUUUUUCUAAUCGAGGACGACCUCGAUUUGACUUCUGUUCUCAAUUACACAAGGAUGUGUACGUGUGUACUUGCGUGUCCUCGAUUACACCAUAAACAUGUGUAUACACACAACAAAUGUUUUUUAAAAUUUGCUCUCAAAAUUUUCGAUUUCACCAACAGACGCGGACGUAGCUUCAUCUACAUGCACAUAAUUAUUGAAUUUACCUGUUAAGUUUGUCGGUCUGAAAAGCACGCGGUGCCAACAGGCUUUUAGAGCUAACUGGCCUGGCUUGCUUAGCUUAGCUUAGCAUCAACAACACAUGUGAGGGUCCAGCGCUUACCAGCGCUAUGAAAUUGGAGGGCCUACGAAACACUGAUGCCUAGGGCCUACGGAACACUUAAUCAGCCCCUGAUAUAGGUUGCUUAAUUUAUUGUCCUGUUGUUGUAUAGGUUUAGACUGAAACCCGGCGGAGGAAAAGUCCAAUACUUUUCCCUGACUUGUUUCAGUCGGCCUAUAAAGAUAUCACGACGACCUGAAGUAACAAAUCAAGUUUUGCAAGUGUGAUGUUUCAGAGACCUUAAAUUCUUUAUCUUAUUAUGCAAUGGAGAUCAAUGCGUUCAACCAAUAAAAGGGUGAAAGGGACCAGA